AUGGCUGGAAGCUUUUUCUCCGGGGGCUUGCUGCUCCUGCAGCUUCUGUCGGGCUUGUCUACUGUCCAGGCGGCCUCGACGCCCCUUUACAAAGAUGCUGAUGCUUCUGUCGAAGAUCGCGUGGCCGAUCUGCUGGGCCGGAUGACCAUUGAAGACAAGAUGGCUCAGUUGAUGCAGGGUGAUAUCACCAAUUGGAUGAACUCUACCACUGGGGAAUUCAAUCAGACCGGUCUCGUAGAGAGUAUGAAGAUGAAGGCCGGCUCGUUCUACGUUGGUUACCCUGUCUCCUGGGACUGGAUCGCGACCAAUGUCAAGAAAGCUCAAGAUUAUCUGCUGGAGAACACCACGCUCGGGAUCCCCGCGCUUGUGCAGACCGAAGGUAUUCACGGCUUCUUGAUCGGUAAUGCGACAAUUUUCAACUCGCCCAUCGCCUAUGGCUGUUCCUUCAACCCUGACCUGGUUGAGGAAAUGGCCAGAUAUGUCGGCCAGGAGGCUCGUGCACUUGGUGUUAACCAGAUUUUCGCUCCUGUCGUCGAUCUUGCGCGUGAGUUGCGGUUUGGUCGGGUCGAAGAAACGUUCUCCGAGGAUCCAUACCUCUCCGGGGAAAUCGGGUACAGCUAUGUCAAGGGCAUCCAAAGCCUCAAUGUCUCCUCAAUGGUCAAGCACUUCAUUGGUUUCAGCCAGCCAGAACAGGGUAUCAACACUGCCCCCGUGCACGGAGGCGAGAGAUAUCUGCGCACAACUUGGUUCCCUGCUUUUAAGCGAUCCAUUAUUGAUGCCGGAGCAUGGAGUAUUAUGAGUGCAUAUCAUUCCUAUGAUGGGGUGCCCGCUGUUUCCGACUACCACACGUUGACUGAGAUUCUCAGAGAAGAAUGGGGCUAUGAUUACUUUGUCAUGAGUGAUGCCGGUGGUACAGAUAGGCUGUGCACCGCUUUCAAGCUCUGCAGAAGUUCCCCAAUUGACAUGGAAGCUGUCACUCUCCAGGCCUUGCCCGCUGGUAACGAUGUCGAGAUGGGUGGAGGAUCCUUCAACUUCCAAAAGAUCCCAGAGCUCGUCGAGAACGGCAAACUUGAUAUUAAGACCGUCGACACAGCUGUCUCGAGAGUACUGAGGGCGAAGUUCGAAAUGGGUCUCUUCGAGAACCCUUACCCUGCUGCUCCCAAGUCUGACUGGAAUAAGCUGAUUCACAGCCCGGAAGCUGUCAAGCUUGCCAGACAGCUGGACAAGGAGUCCAUUGUCUUGUUGGAGAAUCAUAAUAACGUUCUUCCUCUGAAGAAGAAGGGAGAUAUUGCCGUCAUUGGUCCCAUGGCCCACGGGUUCAUGAAUUACGGAGAUUACGUCGUUUAUAAGAGCCAGUACCGCGGAGUCACUCCCCUGGACGACAUCAAAGCUGCCGUUGGCAAGAAGGCAAAAGUCCAUUAUGCCAAGGGCUGUGAGAGAUGGAGCAAUGACCAGUCAGGCUUCGCCGAAGCCGUCGAGGCGGCCAAGAAAUCCGAUGUGGCCGUUGUCGUGGUCGGUACCUGGUCGCGAGACCAGAUGGAGCUGUGGCAGGGGCUCAACGCAACCACCGGCGAACACGUCGAUGUGAACGACCUCUCCCUCGUCGGAGCCCAAGCACCCCUGAUCAAAGCCAUCGUCGACACUGGCGUCCCCACCGUCGUCGUGCUGAGCAGCGGCAAGCCCGUGACCGAGCCCUGGCUCUCCAACGCCACCUCCGCCCUGAUCCAACAGUUCUACCCCUCCGAGGAAGGUGGCAACGCGCUCGCCGACGUCCUCUUCGGCGACUACAACCCCUCCGGCAAGCUCUCCGUCAGCUUCCCCUCGUCCGUCGGCGACCUCCCCAUCUACUACGACCACCUCAACUCGGCCCGCUCCAUUGGCGACUCCGGCGGCGUCCAGCCCGACGGCUCCCUCGUCUUCGGCCACCAGUAUGUCCUCGGCAGCCCGCUCCCCUGGUACCCCUUCGGCCACGGCAAGAGCUACUCCACCUUCCAGUACGGCCCCGUCACCGUCGACAAGACCACCGUCUCCGCCGUCGACACCAUCACCGUCAGCGUCGACGUGACGAACACGCACAAGCACCUGGACGGCGCAGAGGUCGUGCAGGUCUACAUCCAGGAUGAGAUUGCCACGGUUGUCGUGCCGAACCGCCAGCUCAAGGGCUUCGCCAAGGUCGCCAUCCCGGCGAUGAAGACCAAGACUGUCAAGAUCCAGCUCAAGGUCCAGGACCUGGGGCUGUGGAACUCGGCCAUGAAGUAUGUUGUCGAGCCGGGGGCUUUCACUGCCCUAGUUGGGAGUAGCUCGGCGGAUAUUAGGGGCAAUGCUACUUUCUAUGUGCAGUAG